AAUUUGUUUAUAGGACUCUUGCUCCACUGAGGCAGUCAGAUUAAAGGUACCAUCCCUGCUAGGACUGUCACAGCAAGCCACUCACCUGGGGAGCAGCUGUCCUUGUCAGGAGCUGAUUGAAGAGUAUUUUCAGCCAGAGGGAUUAUUAUGCCAUGGAGUGCCUGGUGUCUGAGAAACCGUCCUGCCAUCCUCACCAGGGUGAAGCCUUUCCCUGCUGCCAGCUCUCUGUGAAGGUCCUGGAAGCGAGGAACUUGUUCUGGACGGACCUAUUAAGUGAGGCUGACCCGUAUGUGGUUCUGAAGCUGUUAACAGCAUCAGGCACCACAUUUAAGACCAAAAUUGUCUCCAAUUCAAAUCACCCCAUUUGGAACGAGACCUUCAGCUUCCGGAUCCAGAAGCAAGUCAAGAAUAUCCUAGAACUGAAAGUCUAUGAUGCAGACUUAGCCACAGAAGAUGAUGUCCUCUUCACUGUCUUUUUUGAUACCAUCGAAGUCAGCCCUGGCAAACCCAUCCGAAAGACUUUUUCUCUGAAUCCUCAGGGACAGGAGGAGCUGGAUGUGGAGUUCCAGGUAGAGGAAAUAUCGGAUUCUCCAGAAAAUCUCAUCACCAACAAAGUCCUUGUGACCCGGGAGCUAUCUCGUCUGACUGUGCGGGUGGACAAGAUGGGGAGCACAGCAGCCGUCACAGAGAAGGAUGAGCUAGAGCUGACAUUGAAGGGAUCCUAUGAAGACACUCAGAUCUCUGCUCUGGGCUCUGGUAUGGUAGACUCCUUCCUCUUCCACUAUAUAACAGCUCAAGAAACAGAGAUGAGGGGUUGCCUGAAGAGCCUUGCAGUUGGUGCAGAGGGUGAGGGCAGUCCUGCCGAGAAUCUCACUGUGCCCCUGAAGUACCUGCCUCUGGGGGAGGAGGUGGCAGUUGCCGUUCCUGCCCCAGAUGCCACAGCAUUGAAGUUGAAGCUCAGGGCCAAUUCUUGCUCUGAAGAGCCAGCUGUUCGCCUGGGCUUCGGGCUGUGUGAUGAGGAACAAGCCUUCCUGAGGAAGAGGAAGCAGGUGGUGGCCAAGGCCCUGAAGCGGGUUUUGCAGCUGGAGCAUGAGCUGCAGGAGGAUGAGGUUCCAGUCGUCGGGGUCAUGGCCAUUGGUGGAGGGGCUCGGGCAAUGACGUCUUUGUAUGGCCAUCUCUCUGCCCUCAAGAAACUGGACCUCCUGGACUGUGUAACCUACAUAAGUGGCACUUCAGGAUCUACCUGGACUUUAGCUAGCUUGUACGCAGAUCCUGACUGGUCACAGCAGGACCUGGAGAAGCCCAUCUGCCAUGCCCGAGAGCACAUGACCAAGAGCAAGCUGGGAGCCUUCUCUCUGGGGCGCAUGAAAGGGUACCAGCAGGAGCUGAGACGGCGGGCCGAGGAGGGGCGACCCCCUUCUUUUGUCGACCUGUGGGCCCUAGUCCUGGAGUUCCUCUUACAUGGCAAGGUAACAGAGCACAAAUUGUCAGAGCAGAGGGCUUCAUUGGAGCAGGGCCAGAAUCCACUUCCACUAUACCUUGGUCUAAACGUCAAAGAAAACAACCUGGGGACCCUGGACUUCAAAGAAUGGGUGGAGUUCUCCCCCUAUGAGAUUGGUUUCCUGAAAUAUGGGGCCUUCAUCCCCUCUGAGCUCUUUGGUUCUGAGUUCUUCAUGGGACGGUUGAUGAAGAAGCUGCCAGAGUCCAGGAUCUGCUUCCUAGAAGGCCUAUGGAGUAACAUCUUCUCUGUGAAUUUGAUGGACGCUUGGUAUGACCUCACCAGCUCAGAAGAGACCUGGAAGCAGCAUAUCCGGGAUAAGACCAGAAACAUUGAAAAGGAAUCCCCUGGCUCCCGGAGGACCUCCUGGAUUGAAAUGUCGUGGCUGCAGCCCAAAACUGCUCUCACGCAGGCUCUUCGGGGCCUCUUGACUGGGCGGCCUCUUCAUCACCAAUGUCAUAAUUUCCUGAGAGGCCUUCAUCUGCACCAGGAUUACUGUGGCCAGAGAAAUUUCUGCAUCUGGGGUGACUGCCCGCUAGAUUCUGACCCCAGCCAGCUGACCCCUCUACAACCCCGGCUCUGCCUGGUAGAUGCUGCCUACUUCAUCAACACGAGUUGCCCACUCUUGUUGCGGGCAGGCCGGAGCCCAGACCUCAUCCUCUCGUUUGGCUAUUCCCUCAACUCUCCCUUUGAGACGCUGGAGCAGAUGGAGACGUACUGCCGAGGGCAGGGCAUCCCUUUCCCCAGAGUGGAGCUGAGUCACGAGGAGCGCCUGCAGCCUAGGGAAUGCCACGUCUUCUCCGACCCUGACUGCCCUGAAGCCCCCACUGUGCUGCAUUUCCCCUUGGUCAACCUUUCCUUCAGAGAGCACUCAGCCCCUGGUGUCAGGCGCAGCCCUGAAGAGCUUGAGAGAGGCCACGUCGAUCUUGCAGGCUUCCUGUCUCCAUAUUCGCUGGCCAACAUGACGUACAGUGGGGAUGAUUUUGACCGACUGCUCUACCUCAGUGCCUACAAUGUGCAGAACAACCAGGGCGAGAUCCUAAGGGCUCUGAGGGCUGCCCUGAAGCAUCGCAAACAGCGCCAGCCUUGAUGGGGCUGAAGAAGGAACAACCCCAGAAGCUCAGAAGGCCAGGCUGGCCCUCUGCGCCCAAAGCCCUUCAGACUCCAUCUCUGCCCCUCAAGUCCCAGUAGGCUGGACACAGUCCCAUCCCCCAUCUGGCCUUGCUUUGACAAAGCCUCCCAGGUCCAGGGAGUGGUCUAAUCGGCUCUGCAGUUGGCCCAGCGGAGGGAGAGGCGUUUCCACCUCAAUCCAAACCACUCUUUCAUGGUCAGACCUGGCAGGUGAGGCAGCUGACAAAAAACUUUCUUUCUUUCUUUUUUUUUUUUUCUCAACCCAGACCAGUUUUCCAUCUGAUCAUUUUCAUCCCCUGGGCAGAAUAAAUUUUAUGGAUAGGUUGGGGAAGUUGGACUUGAGGUCUGAACAUGGGAACUAUGAAACUGGAGUUGGAGAAGACCUGUAAGAAGGGCCAGGGGAACAGUGCUUUGCCCCAGGGCAAUGAAUUUAGAGGGUGCUAAAUUUAGAGCAGCGUAGCAACUAGAGUUUAACACCUAGUUAGACUAAUUAGUUAAAAUAGGAAGUUACUAGGAGGCGUGCUGGUAUGAACUCUUCCUUUUCCACCCUUACUCCCCCCCAAAGCCAUCUUAUGCUGUUGUUCUGGGGUCUUUGUCUCCCCACAAUGGGACAGUGUACUGGCCCUCUGGUCACUUGUGAGUAUAUUUUGGUCUUCUUGCCCACAGGGUACAUUUGUGUAAUUAUGCAUUGUUUAUACUUGUCCCAGCUGCAUAAAUUCCUAAUUAUGGCUCUGAGUCAGGCACUAGUUGGACAGGCACCAGGACUUAACUGAAGAUCCUAUUAAUCAAUCAAAUAAAAAGCAUUUAUUAGCCGUCUACCACGUGCCAGUCACUGGGCUAGGUGCUUGGAAUAUAAGCGUAAAGAAUAAAACAAUCCCUAUCCAAAAUGAGCUCACAUUUUAAUAGGGGAGAUGAGAAGUAUAUAGAAAAAAGAAGCACAUUUCAAUUUAAUGUAAAGAAAAACUUCUUAAUUAUUGCAGCCAAUCAAACACCAAGCAUUUAUUAAGAGCCUAC